AUGCCGAGGGUGGCCGGGCUGGCGGCAACGAUCAGUCCCCAUGCGUCCCCACCCCCUUGGAGAGACGCUGCCUUUGUCGCCUGGCGGUCCGAAGAGGCUCAGAGUCUAUCCUUUUUUGCUCCUCCGUACUCGACUGCACAGGGCGGCAAGGUCGAGGCGUUUGGGAGCGACGUGAUACCCGCCCUCAGCACGGCUUGCUGGCGGAGCUUAAUCCUAAGCGGCCCAUCAAGGAGGUGUCCCAAGCCCCGCGAGCCGCGGCCCCCUCUUCGCCCUCGUCCUGCCUCGUUUCCCCGGUCGCAACUCGCCUCUGUUCCACCAUCAUCGCCACGCUCUGCCACUCUCUCACCAACGCACCCGUCCAAAGUCUCAGGCAUCAAGUCACAGACCGAAAUGUCUCCCCCUCACAGCCGCCCAAGCAGCGAGAUGCCUCGCGCCAUUGAUGUCGACGCGCCCGCCACGGUGGAAGGACCGAACAUCACCACCACCGACACGGCCAUCGUAAUCACCCCAGAUAAACGCUGCACCCUUUGCGUUGGGAGGGGUGUCAGAUGCACAGUGACUAUGGCGAGGGGUGUGAAGCGCCGGACUUGCGACACGUGUAUAGACAGUCACAAGGUCUGUUCUGGCGUGGCCCGCGUCGAUGCCAUCAUUGGGCCUCUGAGACACCGAGUCGAUCGCACCCUCAUCCGGUUCAGAAAGGAGUCUUUGGCGAGGCGUUCGUCUAUCCAGGACGCCGAUGACACCGAGUCUCUGGUCGAGAAGCUCGCCGGAGGUGGAAGUUCUUCGGUCAACGAGGUCGAUAGGGCCGGAAAGGCCCCAUCGGAACGUCACGCUGCAAAGAGGGCCAGGGCCACCAUCUCGUCCGCACACAAGGGUAUGCACAACGCAGAGCAAAUUGACGGCAAUUCGCGAGCUCGGGGCCAAAGCCACGCAUCGUCGUCCCAUCCGUCUCGUGGCAGUGACUGUGCUGCCUCCUCUCGCCCGCCGUCGAUCCAGGAGCGCGUUCGCGCCGAAGCCCCGUCUGCCGAGGUCGAGGUCGUAGAACCCCGUCCUGCUCGCAAGACGGCCACACAGCCACCGCAGGCCUCUGCUGGAGCCGCCCCCUCGCGCUUCGAGUCGCUACUGGUCGAUGCUGCAACAAGCCUGUCCGACCUUGCCCGGCUCGUUGACAGCAAGGACGACUACGACUACGAGGGAAAAUGCACGCUCUACCGACACGGCCUCGAGGCGAUCGAGGCGAGGGUGCUGCUCGAAGCUGCCCAUCUCGACGUCGAGCUCGACGGCUCGAGCGUUUGA